AUGGCAGUUGUGAACGCACACAGGGAGAAGCAGGGCGGGAAGGGGCGCGCGGGUCAAGAGUCGAUUCAGCAAAAGCAGAUCGGCGGGAAAACGGGCGUGCGACUCGUGGUACCGUACUCGUGGCGAAUAGUAUCAUGUCUUCUCGUCCUUCUCCUCGCUGCGCAAAGCCCGCCACGUGUCACAGCCAUAGACGUGGAGGGCGGGCUGGGAGGCGCGGAGGACCCGUGGGGGUGGGCGUAUCGGGAGGAGGUGUGCGGCGCGUGGCACACCAACUACACCCAUCUGCACCGCAUCAUCCGCUCCGCCGCCCGCCAGCUCAUGCAGACGCGACAGGCUGGCUCGGCUGGGGCUGGCGGUGGUGUAGCUGGGGAAGGAGGGGCGGACGGGGGCGGGGGCGGGGGCUGGGAAGAGCACGGCGACGAGGGGCGAGGGGAAGGGGGUAGCGGGGACGGGGAAGGCGGCGGCGAGGCGGCGCGCAUGGCUGGCAUGGUGCGGUUUGCGACGUACUCGUGCUCAUCGCUGGCGCGGUGUGGCGGCGUGGGCGACGUGCUGCUGGGCGUGUUCUCCACCUUCCUCAUCGCGCUGCUGCAGGACCGCGCCCUCGUGCUAAGCCACCCGCUCCUGCACCACGCCUUCCUCCCCGCCCACGUCAACUGGACCCUCGACAGCGACGUGCCCUGGGGGCCGGGCCGGGAGCUCGACCCCAACAACCCCACCGACGAGGCGCAGCCAGGAGAGGUGACGGACGUGAAUCUGCAGGACACGGUGCCGCCCAGCCCCGAGGCGUUCUUCGCGCGCCACGAGGCAGCCGCCAACAUCCGCGUGCGGUGGAACCGCGGGGUGGCCACGCGCCUCUUCAGGGAGGGCGGCGAGUGGACCCGUCUGUUGCACCGCCUCGGCCUGCGCCUGCCCGUCUCCUUCGGCUGCGUCAUCCGCUUUCUGCUCAGGCCCAAGCUGGAAGUGCUGAGGGCGGUGGAGCAGCAGAUGAGGGAGUUGGAGCGGCCGGGGGUGAGCAGCAUUUGCAUCCACACUCGCACGCCCGAUGAGAUGACGUGGACCAAUCGGGGGGAGGUGCUUGGUGGGGAGAAUGACGCGGCUGCAGAGCUGCUGGGAUGGGCCAGAAACAAGCUCCUGUCAUGUGCGCAGAAGGUGGAGGACUUUUGGAUCCCGGGGGAUGUGGCGGUGCGGUGGGUGUUUCUGAGCAACUCGCGGGGCAUUAAGGAGGCGGUGCUGGCGCAGUACGGCGACAGCAAGGUGCUCACCACGGGCAUCACGCCGCUGCACACCGCCAUGGUGCGCGCCGCUGCGGCGCGCGUGGCGUCGUGGCAGACGUCGGUGGCGGAGUGGGUGCUGCUGACGCGCUGCUCGCUCUUCGUGGUGACCGAGUCGGGCUUCUCCAAGACCGCCGCGCUCUUCUCGCUGCGCCCCCUCGCCAUCUACCUGCUCGCGCGCCACCACUACAGCAGCGCGCGCAACUAG